AUGCCUGCAGAGCCAGAACAGGUCGUCGUCCUCGGAAGUGGCAUAGUCGGCCUCUGCACGGCGUACUACACGCUCUCGCUCUCCUCCUCGACCAAGGUCCUCCUCAUCGAAUCCUCCCGCUCGCGCCUCAUCGCUGGCGGCGCUUCCUCGUACGCCGGAGGCUUCAUCGCGUGCGGCUCGUCCUGGCACGAGCCACCGUCGCAGUCACUCGCCCGGCUCUCGUGGGACUGCCACCGCCAACUCUCCGACGCUCUCCGAGGCGACGAGUCGAAGUGGGGCUAUCGCGAGUGUGGCGCGGUCGGGCUGGCGGUGGGAGGGACGGACGAGAGUAGGAGCAAGUACAGGACUUUGCCAGGCGGGAAGGGGAAGGAGGUCGUCAAGGCGGACAAGGAGCGGCUGCCUGCGGGUCAGUGGGUCGAGGGAGAGCGGGAAGAGCUCGAUACGGCUGGAGGAGUCGCGCAAGUUGACCCCGCCGACUUCUGCAAAGCCAUUCACGACUACCUCUCCUCCAACUUUCCCGACCGCUUCACGACCCUUUUCGGCGAAGCGACUGCGCUAAGCUCGCAUACGUCUACUCUCGCUCGCGCAGCCUCGGCCGUACUUCCCGCGACCCUCGCCCCUUCCGCCAAGCGAACCCUCACCUUCGUUCCUCACGACUCGAGCGCUUCAAGCGUCGAACUUCCCUUCGACCGGCUCCUCGUCGCAGCCGGACCGUGGUCCGCAGCUGUAUGCGAGAAGCUGUCCCUCCCUCCGAUCCCGCUCACGAACCUCCCCGGCCACUCGCUCCUCAUCCGCCCCGCUCUCGACCUCUUCACUCCCUCCGCCUCCUCAUCCACCUCCGAUCUCCCCUCCGAGGCUGUCUUCGCUGGUAUCUCCGGCGCAGUAGGCGGAGUCCACGCCUCGACGUCCGGUCUCGCGCGCGGACUGACGGAGGAAGAGAAGCGCGAGGGAUACACCCGCUCGCCCGAGUUGUUCGUCCGCGCAAACGGGCUCAUCUACGUCGCCGGGGAGAACUCGAUUCCUGAACGAGGCGGACCGCAGAGGAAGGAUGGGCUGCCGAACAAGCUGCCGGAUACGGUUGAUGGAGUGAAGGGAUUGCUGGAUGAGCGGUGCGUUGGGCGACUGAAGCGUGCGGCUGGAGCUGUCAGCCCGUUGUUGAAGGAGGAGAACGGCGCCGUGAUUGAGAAGGAGCAGUUCUGCUAUCGCCCUAUCGCCUCUGACCGGGAGCCCAUCAUCGGCCCUCUCGCGCCCGACGUCUACAUCUCCACCGCGAUGGGACCAUGGGGGAUCACGCUCGCGCCUGGAGCGGGUAAAGUCGUUGCGGAGAUGAUGCUUGGACGGGCGCAGAGCGCGGACGUGAGGAUGCUCGCGCCGGAUAGGUUCAAGCAGGCGAAGUUGUAG